CCGUUCUAUUUUUGAACUUUUCUUCUUAAAUUCUCACUUCAAAAUUGCUUUUUAAAAUACGUCAUUGCCGAUGCAGUUUCGUUUGGAUACUGCAGUAAAGAUCGACGAAUUUAACGUAUUUUCAAAUUGAAUUUAUUAUUAUUUUCAUAUGGAGAUUUUGACUCACCUAGAAAAACAUUCUCCAGAAAAAGAAAUCGAAUUCCCUGAGAAAAAUGAAAAUAAGAACGAAAAAAUAUUUCGAUAUUAUAAAUCUGGUCAUUUCGUAGACACAUUGUGUGUCGUCGGUCAAUCACCUGAUCAGAAAAUAUUUAAGGUGCAUCGUGUAAUAUUAGCAAAAGCCAGUCAAAUAUUAGAAAAUAUGCUGUAUAAUUCUAACAUGGAUCCGGAAGUGAUUCUACGUUUUCCGGAAAUCGAACCGGAAAUCUUCGAAUUGUUCUUGAUCUACAUUUAUAUAAAGUCGCUGAUACCAAAUACCGAAGAUCAGGUCUUGAAAUUGUACAAAGUAGCUCAUCGAUUCGAUUUGCAACUACUCAAAGCGAAUUGUCGACAAUUAUUAAAAGCCAAUUUAAAUGAACGUAAUGUUUGCAAAAUUUACCAAAGUUCCGUGGAAAUAAAAGACGAAUUAUUGAAUGAGAGCUGUACAGAUCUCAUUGAAGAUCAAGCAGAAACCGUUUUACAAUUCGAAUCAUUUACGAAACUGCCUAGUAAAAUAAUUUUGGAUAUUAUUAAGCGACCCAUGUGGAUAAAAUCCGAAUUAACGGUUUUCGAAGCAUUAUUGAGAUGGUGUAGAGUGCAAACUCAAACUCUUUUUCCAUAUUUUCCCCAUAUACACUUCCUGAGCAUGACUGUCAAAGAAUUUUAUGAAGGACCGGAGAAAAGUGGAAUUUUAUGCAAUAAGGAUGUUUCUUCCAUUAAAAAUUAUCUUUUGAAUCAACGUUCUGGAGAUCUUCCCGAAUGGUGCAGUAAAAGAACAACACUGAGACAUCCUUACAAAAUCUGUUCUCUAGACUGCCCAAUGGAAGUAAGACAGAGUAAUUGGUGUGAGAAUCUUGGUUGUAACGUGACCGUCCAAGGACGUGAUAUUCGUUUGAAAGGGAUUGGUUUCGAUAUCGAAAAUAGUAACGCAUAUUACGUUUGUGUACCGAAACGAGAAACUCUUAUCGUGACGACAGAUUCAGGAACUUCUUUUGAAACGGCUAAGAUAAAGUUUUCUGAAAAUACUAGAGAAUUUCGUGUGUUACUCGAUUCUCCUCUCGAAUUGCAGAAAAAUAAGAAAUAUGAAAUUUUAUUGGACGUUUCGAAAUUUUCUCGAAGUUUAACUUAUUUAAGUUGCGAAAAUGUAAAAGAAAGAACGGAUUCAGUGAAAAUGGGAGAUGUAAAUUUAGUUUUUUAUGGUCACGGAAGUGUUUCUGAAUACAAGUCGUCAUUGAUGAAUAUUCAUCGAAUAUUUUAUGAUUUUGACGAAUAUUAACAGUUCGAUAUGUCUAAACAAAAUUAACAUAGAUAAUAACUAAUUUAUGAAAAGGAUUUUAACCAUAAUCUAAUGUUAUUUUCUUUGGUAAAGAUCACAAAAUUUCAAGUAUUCUAUAAUAAAUACAAUAGCAGUUCCUUAUGUUCCAGCAAAUCCUUAUGUUCC